GCGAUAUUAUCGGCCGGUUGAGGAUUGGAUGUAUCUUGAAAGUGUUCUUAAGAUAUUCUCUUUUAACAAUUCAUAUUUGGUAAUAGUAAUAUGAAUUUAAAGUGUUAAUUAUAACUUAUGUGUAUCUUAGUUAGCUUUUCAAUAUAUAUUUCCCAAACAAGUAUCUUUUUAAUUUAAGGAAUGACUUCUCAAGGUUUUCUUCUGGGUCGAUUUGGGUGUGAUGUGAGAUCAUUACCAACUUCCAAGUUGUAUAAAACAUUAGAUCAGUUCCCCACAAGAAACUCGUUGAAAAUAAAGAGGAUGGUGGUGUCAAAAAAUUAUUUUCGCUACUAUUCAAAUUUGCAGAUUUUCUCUCUUCCAAAAAAUCAUCAACACCUUCUUGUAGCUGAAAAGAUAGGUGGAUUCAGCAAUCAGCAACAUGUUCGAAAUUUUGGACUAGUAGCCAGAGUAAUCAGAGGAGCACUGAAAAUACGAUAUAUAAUCCUUGGGGGAGCUGUUGGAGGAAGUGUUCAAAUGUCUCGUAAAUAUGAAGAAUGGAAGGAGAAUUUGCCAGAUUUCAGUUGGGUAAAGGACAUGUUACCAGAAUCUGAAAAACUUGACCAGUUUCGAGCUAGUCUGAUAGACCUGAAGGACAAGGUAACCCUUCCCGAAAAGGGUUGGCUCAAACGUAAUCUCUCGGCUGCAGGAGACAGGCUAUAUUGGCUAGGAGAAAGGCUGGAAGGAUCAACUGAUGGAGAUAGCACAACGGCAAUGGCCGAAGGAUUGCUCCUAUUAUCAGGAGGUGUGCCCCUGGGUCCACGAAUAGAAAUGGCUUUUGGUCAGGAAAUGGACAGCAGCACCUUUCAGUUCAUAUCUAAAGAAGAAAGUGGUGGCAGCACUAAAUCUAGAGUUGCAGCUGAACAAGAACGGUUACAGAAACUCCAGGAAGAAUUAAUUCAAGUACAGAAAAAUUUAAUUGACAUGUAUUCAGAAGUCUUAGAUGAGCUUAGUGACUAUGAUUCAAGUUACAACACUCAAGAUCACUUACCAAGGGUUGUUGUAGUGGGAGACCAAAGUGCUGGAAAGACGAGUGUAUUAGAAAUGGUUGCUCAAGCUAGAAUAUUCCCACGGGGCGCUGGAGAGAUGAUGACACGAGCUCCAGUCAAAGUCACCCUCAGUGAAGGCCCCUACCACAUAGCGAAAUUUAAGGACAGUUCUAGAGAAUUUGAUCUGACUCGGGAAAGUGAGCUUGCAGACCUAAGAAGAGAGGUAGAGCUACGAAUGAAAAAUAGCGUUGUUAGUGGAAAAACUGUCAGUUCUGAUGUGAUAGCCAUGACCGUAAAAGGACCAGGAAUUCAAAGAAUGGUGCUUGUUGAUCUUCCUGGAGUUAUUAGUACCGUCACGACUGAAAUGUCAGAUGAUACGAGAGAAGCCAUUAGAGAGAUCACUCAGACUUACAUGAGUAACCCUAAUGCUAUUAUUUUGUGUAUUCAAGAUGGUUCAGUUGAUGCUGAAAGGAGUAUUGUGACAGAUCUAGUCAGUCAAAUGGAUCCAGGAAAGAGAACAAUUUUUGUUUUAACCAAAGUAGACCUAGCGGAGCUAAAUAUGACCAAUCCUAACAGGCUCAAGAAAAUACUAGAUGGAAAGCUGUUUCCCAUGAAGGCUUUGGGAUAUUUUGCAGUUGUGACAGGCAGAGGUGAAAAAACAAUUAAUUGUCUCACUUCUUACAGAGAAGGUGUUUUAAACAUGUCUCAGUGUACAACUCAGAGUCUCAGCUUGGCAGUGUCCGAGUGUUUCUGGAAGAUGGUGAAAGAAUCGGUUGAACAACAGGCUGAUGCUUUUAAAGCUACUCGAUUUAAUCUUGAAGUUGAAUGGAAAAACAACUUUCCAAGGCUUAGAGAACUCGAUAGAGAUGAGCUGUUUGAAAAGGCUAGAGGAGAAAUUCUGGAUGAAAUUGUGAAUCUGAGCCAGCUAAGCCCUAAACAUUGGGAAGAAGCAUUAUCAAAGAAACUCUGGGAGAAAAUGUCUGUUCAUGUAUUUGAAAACAUCUACCUUCCAGCUGCUCAGACUGAGAACUCGGGUACGUUUAAUACGACGGUUGACAUCAAGCUACAGCAGUGGGCAGACAAAUCGUUGCCAAAGAAAUGUGUUGAGGUUGGUUGGGAAACUCUUAAGAAUGAAUUUAAUAGCAUAAUGGAAAAUAGAAAAGUGUCCAAAGAUCACGACUCCAUAUUUGAUACCCUUACUAAAGCAGUGGUCCAUGAAGCAAUGAGAAGUCACCUUUGGGAGGAUAAGGCUGCUGAAGUUUUGCGAGUGAUCCAACUAAAUGCCCUUCAAGACAGGUCAGUGCAUGACAAGCAACAGUGGGACUCAGCUGUAAAGUUUUUGGAAACAAGUCUGAAGGAAAGAUUGCAAGCCAAUAAAGUUCAAGAAUGUAGAAAAGGAUUUUAUCUGUACCACCAAGGACUUGAAUCGGAGUUGGACUGUAAUGACGUGGUGUUAUUUUGGCGAAUCCAACGAAUGAUUCAUACAACAGCUAAUGCCUUGAGACAACAAGUAAUGAACAGGGAAGCACGUCGGCUGGAGAAAGAAAUCAAGGAGGUUCUAGAGGACUAUGGUCAAGACCGAGAGAAGAAGGUCCAGCUUUUAAGAGGAAGAAGAGUGGAAUUAGCAGAAGAAUUGAGUAUGUCGAUACACUUUUUAAUGUUAAGGUUUCUAUGA